AAGCAGGAAGCAUGAAGCAGCAAAACCUCAGUGCAUCUUUGUUUCAUCCAUCUGCGAUAAUGGUUUUCCCUUUUACCUGAUCUUUUAUUUAUGCUUCUGUUCUUCUUGAACCAGCUAUUGUUAUUUCUUCAAAUUCCUGAAUCAAACUUCCGACCAUGUCCAUCCCCUCCGAUCUAAUCGAUUUCGUUGUGAACCGAGGCCAUGGAGUAAAGGGUCUUUCUGAUUUGGGCGUACAAGCUGUUCCCGAUCGAUAUAUCCAACCCCUCGAGCAGAGGUUCGACAAUCGCAAAGUGGUCUCUCAGGAAUCCAUACCCGUCAUCGAUGUCACGAACUGGGAUGCCCCAGAUGUCGCAGAAUCAAUUUCCAAUGCUGCUAUCAAGUGGGGGUUCUUUCAAAUCGUUAAUCAUGGAAUACCGAUGAAGGUUAUUGAGGACCUGAAGGCUUCGGUUCAUAGGUUCUUUGAAUUGCCGGCGGAAGAGAAGAAGCAUAUCAAAGAGAACUCUCCCAGUGAAGUUGUGCGAUUAGCUACCAGUUUUAGUCCUCAGGCUGAGUCAGUCUUGGAAUGGAAAGAUUAUCUGCAACUUGUGUAUGCUUCCGAGGAGAAAAUUCAGGCAUACUGGCCUGCCAUAUGCAAAGAACAAUCCCUGGAAUAUAUGAAACACUCUGAAGUUCUUAUUAGAAGGCUGUUAAGCGUGCUCUUGAAAGGACUCAACGUGAAGGAGAUGGACAAUGAAAGAGAACAUGCCUUAAUGGGGGCUAUGAUACUUGACUUCAAUUACUAUCCUCCUUGCCCUGAUGCUGAAGCUGUAGUUGGUGUAGGUCGGCAUUCUGAUAUAUCAUCGAUCACCGUCCUACUGCAAGAUGAGACAGGUGGGCUUUAUGUAAGAGCCAGUGAUGGUGAUAACUGGAUAUUUGUACCUCCUGUUGAUGGUGCAUUGGUAAUCAACAUUGGAGAUGUGCUGCAAAUAAUGAGCAAUGACAGGUACAAAAGCAUUGAGCACCAAGCUGUUGCAAACAGAGCCAAAACCAGGAUCUCAAUCCCAAUUUUUGUGAACCCGGCACCUGAUGCCGUUAUUGGUCCUUUACCAGAAGCUCUGGAGGAGGGAGAAGAGCCAAAGUAUAAGCGAGUUGUGUACUCAGACUACUUCAAGUAUUUCUUUAGUAAGCCUCAUGAUGGGAAGAAAACUAUUGAAUUUGCCAGCAUAUAAUGUGUGUGCCUGUUGGCAUCGUCCUAAAACUGUACUUCCAAUUCUUAAGCUCAGAUCCUCUGGAGUGACACAUUUUCCGCACUCCGUGUAUUUGUAGUUGACAAGAUAUAUAAGCCCAAAACAAUAAAAAAGAGAACAGUUGUACAAAGGAGAUGCGAACCUCAUAUAGAAUCAUAUUCAUAUACAAUUGAAUUCAUCGAGUUCAGUGAAGUUUCUUUC